CAGGGUGCUAAAUUUAUCUUCAGAAGAGCGACCGCGCCAGCCGCGAAUCGGAGCUCUGUGGAGGUGGCAUAGGCGACACCCCUGAACUGAGAGCAUCACCCUGUCCCCGAACCCUUCUUUCCUGUUUUAUUUUUCAUUUCCCUGCCCUCCCUCCUCACCCCAGUCUGCGACGACUGGCUCUUGACCCCGUUCAGGCCUCGGUGAAGGUGAGGACCGGAGCGGCCGCGGCGGCUGAGUGGCGCGCUUGAAAUGGCCGCUGCCUGGAGCUGUCUAAAAUGGCGGCCGCGGGCUCAGCUGGGGACCGCGGCGCUGCUCGGCAGCCCAGCCGCCGUAGACCGUUCUCUCCAUCACUGGUGGAGACGAAGUAGAAAGAUCGUGUUGGGUGCUGAGGCGUGUACCUGUGGUGGUUAGCCGAGGCGGCCGUCCGGGGACGCGCGAGAGGAGCUGUGUAGGCGAGGGUGGGCUCCGACAGGAAGCGCCCCCAGAUGCGGCGGUCUGCGGGCAUCGCCCCCCAGAGACAAGGAGCUGAGGGAUGGCUGUCCUAGGCCACACAUCGAGGUGGCCGUUGCUAGAAGCAUUUAGGUGCUGGAAGGGGUGCCCUACCCGCGUCCCGCCUAGGCUUCCCGAAAGGACUGCGCUCCUCCCCGCCCUCCUGCCCCGAGGGUAUUGUUCGCAGCUGGAAACGCCCGCGGGGGGUGGAGGGAGGGCGCUACCUUUCCGUUUAACCGGAAGAAACAGAAAACGAGGGAGCCGCCGCCCCUCCCUCGCCCCCGCCCCCCUUUCAGGGAGUGAAAUAGAAACUUUGCUCUCUAGGGAGUCCAGACUUUGCCCUCGAGAGCCUGGGGGAAGCACCUCUAAAGAGGUGAGGUUGAGGCCCCCUUUCCUGGAAACAGGCUUCCCGCUCCGCGUGCCCUGGCUGCGCGGGAGGGCGCCUCAUCUUUCAGGCCCACCAGCGGCGCCGGGAAGCGCUCUCGCUAAGUCCCAGUCGGAACUGUGGAGAGGGAAUGCCCUGCAGUUUUGCUCCCGAUAAUGCAGAAGUACGCGUUUCUCCUCCUGUCAGUUUGAGAUCCUCGACUUUCUGGCAGUUGUAACCCGUUUAUCCCUGCACCAUCCGUCUCCUGGUACCAGAUAUUUUAGUGCUUAGGAAAUUGAGUAUUCAGGGACACACAAUAAUGGCUAGGCAUGUGGGCUCUGCAGUCCCACUUUUGGGGUUCUAAGUUCUUCACUUAAAAGGUGUGUUAAUGAAGCACGUGACUUGACUUCUCUGUUGUCUAUUUGUUCAUGUCUCAAGUGGAGUUAUUGAUAAUCCCUGACUCUCAGGUUUGCUUUAAGGGUUAAUUGAGCUCAUCUAUAAGGGAUUUGGCAGUUACUGGCACACUGUAAACAGUGGCCACUCAGUAUGCAUCAGUAACCUUGGGGAUUGGUUAUUGAGGGGACAAAAAUGGUUAUAGCAAAAAGGCAUAUUUCAUGUAACACUUCUAUGUAUCGACUGCUUCGAUUUUAAAUUACUUUCAGUGCUUAGUUUUAGAAACAAUUAAGGUAUGGUUGUACUAUUAAAAGUUAGGCUUAGUUUUUGAAAGUUUUUAAUGUGUUUCGAUGAAGUCAGUGUCAGAACAGUGAAAUUACUAGGGUAUUAAACAGGAUAAAAAUACUAGCAUAUUUACUAUGUUAGGCAUCUUCUGUUUCAGUCCAAGAUCUGCACUGCAGUGAAGAAUCAUUUGCACUACCUGGAUCUAAAAUAAGUUGUAUUGGAUGGUCAACUUAGAGAGUCUUCAUUGCAAGCUGCCAAGGUGGAGAGUGAUUCCAGAAGGGAGUACUCCUCAUUUCAGAAAAGGUGUGCCAUACCUGAGAGCACCAGGAAAUCGCAUGAGAGAUCACCUGAUAGACGAACGUGUGAUGUUCCAUCUGCGCAUUGAUGCAUAGGCAGCAUUUACAAAUUAACUGAUGUGUUGCUAUAUAUCAUCUCUUUGAUGAUUGCUCGUCUUCUAUGUAUCCUGUCUUAUAAUUUCAACAAAUUUGUGAUACUCAAUGUUUAUUCUAAACUAACCAUGUUUUGUACCACAAAUACAUUGCCUAUGGAUCUAUUGCCAAAACAAGGAAGUCUUAAACAAGAAGUAGAAUCAUUUUAUCAAAUUGUCUCUGAAUCAAAUGAUCAAAAAGUUGGAAUAUUACAAAGUGAAGAUGAACAGUUGCAGCCAUCAGUUUCUAAAAAAUCAGAAGAUGAGCUUUCCAGGGUCCAGUUUAUGUCCAAUUCCAACAAAAUAACAUUUAGUAAGAAACCAAAAAGAAGAAAAUAUGAUGAAAGUUAUUUGUCUUUUGGAUUUACUUACUUUGGAAAUAGAGAUGCACCUCAUGCUCAGUGUGUGUUAUGUAAGAAAAUUUUAUCAAAUAGCUCUUUGGCCCCUAGUAAGCUUCGAAGACACUUGGAAACUAAACAUGCUGCAUAUAAAGACAAAGACAUAAGCUUUUUCAAGCAACAUCUUGAUUCACCUGAAAAUAAUAAACCCCCACCACCUAAAAUUGUCAAUACAGAUAAUGAAAGUGCUACAGAGGCAUCAUACAAUGUAAGUUACCAUAUAGCCCUGAGUGGAGAGGCUCAUACUGUUGGAGAAUUACUUAUCAAACCUUGUGCAAAAGAUGUCGUGAUGCGGAUGUUUGAUGAACAAUACAGUAAAAAAAUAGAUGCAGUGCAACUAUCGAACAGUACCAUUGCACGUCGAAUUAAGGAUCUAGCUGCUGAUAUUGAAGAAGAGCUUGUUUGUAGACUGAAAAUUUGUGAUGGGUUUUCACUGCAACUAGAUGAAUCAGCUGAUGUUUCAGGACUUGCCGUGCUGCUUGUGUUUGUUCGUUACCGGUUUAAUAAGUCUAUUGAGGAAGACCUACUCUUAUGUGAAUCUUUGCAAAGUAAUGCUACUGGUAAAGAAAUAUUCAACUGCAUCAACAGUUUUAUGCAGAAACAUGAAAUUGAAUGGGAAAAAUGUGUUGAUGUUUGUAGUGAUGCUUCUAGGGCAAUGGAUGGGAAAAUUGCUGAGGCUGUCACCUUGAUAAAGUAUGUCGCUCCCGAAAGUACCAGUAGUCACUGCCUAUUAUAUAGACAUGCACUAGCAGUUAAAAUAAUGCCUACAUCUCUGAAAAAUGUGUUAGAUCAGGCAGUACAAAUCAUCAAUUACAUUAAAGCUCGACCACAUCAAUCGAGACUACUAAAAAUUUUAUGUGAAGAAAUGGGUGCCCAGCACACAGCACUUCUUCUAAAUACAGAGGUGAGGUGGCUUUCCCGAGGUAAAGUCCUUGUAAGACUUUUUGAGCUUCGUCGAGAACUAUUGGUGUUCAUGGAUUCUGCUUUUCAGCUAUCUGAUUGUUUAACAAAUUUAUCUUGGCUGCUAAGACUUGCAUAUCUUGCAGAUAUUUUUACUAAAUUAAAUGAGGUUAAUCUGUCAAUGCAAGGAAAAAAUGUGACAGUUUUUACAGUAUUUGAUAAAAUGUCAUCAUUGUUAAGAAAAUUGGCAUUUUGGGCCUCAUCUGUAGAAGAAGGAAACUUUGAUUGUUUUCCUACACUCAGUGACUUUUUGACUGAAAUUAAUUCUACAGUUGAUAAAGAUAUUUGCGUUGCCAUUGUUCAGCACCUAAGGGGUUUGCGCUCUACUCUGUUAAAACAUUUUCCGGUAACAAAUGACAAUAAUGCUUGGGUUAGAAAUCCAUUUACAGUUACUGUUAAACCAGCCUCGUUAGUAGCACGGGACUAUGAGAGCUUGAUUGAUUUAACAUCUGAUUCUCAAGUAAAACAAAAUUUCAGUGAACUUUCCCUGAAUGAUUUUUGGAGUAGCCUAAUACAAGAGUACCCAAGCAUUGCAAGGCGUGCAGUUCGUGUACUUCUUCCUUUUGCUACAAUGCACCUGUGUGAAACAGGAUUUUCGUACUAUGCUGCAACAAAAACGAAAUACAGGAAAAGGCUUGAUGCUGCACCUCAUAUGCGGAUCCGACUUAGCAACAUUACACCUAAUAUUAAGCGGAUAUGUGAUAAAAAGACACAAAAACACUGUUCUCAUUAAAAUUGAAGGGUUUUGCAUGUCUCGUGAUAACCAAAUAUAAGAUGAAAAUAAAAGAUGAUUUACUUUAUCUCUGGCA